UCACUGCGUGGCCUUGCGUCUACUCUGCUCUCUGCCCCAGCCCUGCCCUGUCCCAGGGGACCCCUUUCUGACCUCUCUUGGAGGGCUAGGGAGGCCCAGGCCAUAGAGGAGAUGAGGGAGACUCUGCUCCUAGGCCUUCUGCUUCUGAGACUGCUGUGGGAAGCUCCAGCCGUGGUUUCAGAGCCUGGGAGAGAGGACUCCGUGGUGUGGGCCCAGGAGGGGGCCCCUGUCCAUCUUCCUUGCAGCCCCCAACUCCCCCACCGGAAUCCCGACCUUCUACGAAGAGGAGUGGUCACUUGGCAACAUCAACCAGAUGGGUAUGCACCCCACUCCGCCCCUGCCCUUGACCGUCUCAGGGGGAAGCCCUUGCCUGGGAGGUCGGCCCCCCAUCGCUACACGGUGCUGAGCGUGGCUCCGGGAGGCCUGCGCAGCGGGAGGCUGCCCCUGCAAAGCCGCGUGCAGCUGGACGAGCGCCGCCUCCAGCGCGGGGACUUCUCGCUGUGGCUGCGUCCAGCCCGGCGCGCCGACGCUGGCGAGUACCACGCUGUGGUGCGCUUCCCGGACCGCACCCUCUCCUGCCGUCUCCGCCUGAGCGUCGGCCAGGCCUCGAUGAUCGCCAGUCCCUCGGGACCCCUCAGGCCGUCUGAUUGGGUCAUUUUGAACUGCUCCUUCAGUCGUCCUGACCGCCCAGUCUCUGUGCACUGGUUCCAGGGUCAGAGCCGAGUUCCUGUCCACAAGUCCGCCCAUCACCACUUAGCUGAAAGUUUCCUCUUUCUCCCACAAGUCAGUCCCCUGGACUCCGGGACCUGGGGCUGUGUCCUCACCUACAGAGAUGGCUUCAAUGUCUCUAUCACACACAACCUCGAGGUUCUGGGUCUAGAGCCCCUAGCUCCUCUGACAGUGUAUGCUGCUGCAGGCUCUAGGGUGGAGCUGCCCUGUCAUUUGCCCCAGGCUAUGGGGACCUCUUCUUCACUCACUGCCAAGUGGACUCCUCCUGGGGGAGGCUCUGAGCGCCUGGUGACCGGGAAGAGUGGCAGUUUUGCCCUUCGACUUGAGACUGUGGGUCUGGAGCAGGCUGGGACCUACACCUGUAGUGUCCAUCUGCAGGGGCGGCAGCUCAGUGCUGUGGUCACUUUGGCGGUCAUCACAGUGACUCAUCAGUCCUUGGGGUUACCUGGCUCCCUGGGAAAGCUGAUGUGUGAGGUGACCCCCGCAUCUGGACAAGAAAGAUUUGUGUGGCGCCGCCUGAACAAUGGUUCCAGGAGUUCUCCGGGCCCUGGGUUGGAGAUACAGGAGACCCGGUUCCUUGCUGAGCCUUGGCAAUGCCAGCUUUUUCAGGGACAGAAGCUUCUUGGAGCAGCGGUGCACAUCGCAGAGUCUAGCCCAGGUGCCCGCAGUGCAAGGAGAGCCUCAGGUGACCUUAAAGGAGACCAUCUCUUUCUCCUUCUGAUCCUCGGCACUUUCUCACUGUUCCUCGUGGUGACUGGGGCCUUUGGCUUCCACCUAUGGAGAAGACAGUGGCUAUGGAGAAGAUUUUCUGCCCUAGAGAACAGGAUUCACCCACCUCCCAGUCUGAGUAAGACAGAGGAGCUGGAGCGAGACCUGGAGAUAGAGAUGGAGCAGGAGCCAGAGCCGGAGCCGGAGCCAGAGCCGGAAUUGGAGCAGGAGCCCCAGCCAGAGCCAGAGCCCAGGCAGCAGUGACCUGGAGCUGAGUGGCCAGCAGAUCUCAGCAGCUCCAGCCAGAAUAAAUUCCCUGU